CCCCCAUUUGUGAACAGAUUAAUGACCAAAAUACCCUUUUGAAUUUCUGUAAAACAAACCAAAUAGUUCCAAAGAGUUGCGUCUUCCUAGAGUUGUAACACUCUUUUGAAUAUUCUUGAAAAAAUAAAUUCUUCUCACACUCAGCCCUUUUCUUGAAAACCCCACAAACCCAUUUGGAAGAAAAUAAGAAUUGACAGUUUUAUUUUUCUUUUCUGAAGAAAAAAUGUAUGAAUUUGGGGAUGAACUGAUAAUUGAAAGCUUUAAAAUUCCAUGGUUGAUUUGGAUUCAGUUUGUGGUGAUGAUUCUUCUUGUGUUGCUUCUUUUCUUUGGGUUUAGUGUUUUGGAUCUUUCAAACAACUCUACUUCUCAAGGUCCUGUUGGUUCUUCUUCGCAUGUCAACUUGCCAUCUAAUUCUAUUAGAAUCCUUCAGCAUCGGAACCUAAACCAACAUACUAAAGGGGAAAAUGAAGCUAGCACUAGCCGUGAAAUCAGGGCAGCAGAUGAAUCUCAAGUAAGAGAAGGAUCUGCAGAAAAGGACGCAACCAUUUUUAAGUUUUGUGUACGUACAGAGCACCCUUGCAAUUACUUUGGACUAGCCAAACAAGCAUUUCUCAAGUGCUUGGGCUUUGAUUCCGAUCGCGACAAUUGUAACACCAGAAGACAUGCUAAAGAAGAGUAAUGGGAAGAUGCUAUAUUAAUUUUAGGUUCUUGAGAUGCACAAAGGUUCAGGUCUUGGAAAGAGUAGAUGCUGCUAG